UAAAAAAAGUAACCUUUGAAAAUUUUGUUAUCUUUCAAAAUAGUUUGUCAAACUAUUAAUAAACCGUCAAAUCAUAUAAAAAAGUAUAUAAAGUAUUUUCGAAUUAGGAAGAAAUUUUGAUGAGACUGGAUUACUAAAAAUUUGAAAGAUAAGUAUAUUUUAUUUUUAAUUUAAUUUAAUUUUACUUUAAUUACCUUGAUAACGGUAGUAGAUAUAACUACCGAAACGUUGGUUCAAAUUAGGUAUUUUUAAAAAAAGUAGGUCUUCUUGUUGUAUUUUAUCGUUUUUUAAUUAUAAUAUUCAUAACAAAAUUAGGUAGGAUAUUGAAAAGAAGAAACGAGCUCAGAGAUUAAUAGAUUGAACCUCAGCUCCUAGGUAUAUAAAAAAAUCUAUUAUACCUCAAGUAAAUUAUUGUAUUUAAAACUUAUUGAACUUAAAUUAAAUUAAGUAUAUCGAACGGUAUCGUUACAGAUUUAAGUUCAUAUUUCUUUUAAAUACGUGAAUAAGUCUAUUUUCUUCUUCUUUUCAAUAAUUGUUGAGCGUGUGAGAUAAAAAUUUCUAAAUUGAUUUUUGCUAUAAGUGACGUAAUACCCAAUAUAAUCAGUAACUCAUAAUGGAGGUCACUAUCAUGGCGUUUGCGAUAUGCAUGGAGUUUCAAAAAUGACUGUGUGCCGAUGCGUACAUGACACUGUUAAUGCGGUAAAUGAUAUAAAAUUUGACGAAAUCGUGUCAUGGCCACAUAAUACAUUGGAUAUUAUUCAAAGAUUUCGUGGCAUCGCCGGUUUUCCCGAAGUAUGUGGUGCUGUCGAUGGAACACUGAUAAAUAUAGAUGCCCCGACUAUAGACGAGCCAGCCUUUGUAGAUCGCCAUGUGCUAACUGGCCCGGUAGCGUUCACGACGCAAGAGUACUUCGUAACAGUAAUUUAUUUCGAAGAAUGGAAAAUGCUUGGAGACCCCAUCCUAAUUUAGUGAUUCUGGGAGACUCAGCUUAUCCGCUAAAACAAUGGUUGAUUCCACCAACAUCUGAAAAUCCACUAAAUCAAGCCCAACAGGAUUUCAACAGAGCUCACAAACGAACAAGAAGAGUAAUAGAAAAUGCGUUUGGGAUUUUAAAAGAAAAAUUUCCUUGUUUGAACUACCUACGCGUAAGCCCUGUUUUUGCUGCAAAUGUUUUUAAAUACUGUGCCACUUUAUGCAACAUUUCAAAAGGUGAUGGGGACGCGGAUGAUUUCAUGGUAGACGAUGGUGAAUGGUGAGUUAUCAGACAAUGAAAAAAAUUAUGAACA